UAUUUUUUGUGGUGCAUGGCAUAGGUUCAUGUGAUAUUUGGGUAAUCCCUUGAAUGAAAUAACCCAGUGCCAGUCACCAUACAAGCUCCUCUCCUCAACCCCCCUCCUUCCCUCGUCGAGCACAGACAGAAAUGGCUACCAUCACCACACUGACCUCCACGGUUGCAUGCGCCGCCAUGCCCCGGCGACUCGAAGGCAUCUCCUCGUCACCCAUACCCAUGCUAGGAUUGCCUCAGAUUAGAGUUAGAGGUGGAAGGGUGAGGUGCUUCUCAGAGGCGAAGCCAUCCGUCGCCAGUGGGAGCAUGGGAGUGUCAUUGCUUGCAGCUGCAAGUGUGAUGAGCGUGUCGAACCCAGUCCUGGCCCUGGUCGAUGAGAGGAUGUCCACCGAAGGGACGGGGCUCGGCCUGGGCAUCAGCAACAACCUGCUGGGGUGGAUCCUGCUUGGUGUGUUUGGUCUCAUAUGGGCCCUCUACUUUGCGUACACCUCCACCCUCGAAGAGGAUGAGGAAUCUGGACUGUCCCUCUAAGCCCUCAUGCAAAUAUUGUAAUGGAAAUGGAAGCAUGUUUGGUGGAGAACUUGACAAAAUUUAAUCACUUGUAAUGAAAGCUCUUGAAAUUGUUUCUCAGCGUUGUGUUUUCUUGAUGAAUGAUGAGCCUUCUUUGUUGGUUGCCAA